AUGUCUCCCCAGGCUGAACACACUCAGGCUGAACGCCUCCUCAGGCUGAACACUCAGGCUGAACGUCUCCUCAGGCUGAACACAGUCAGACUGGAUUUCAAACCGAUCCUGUUGGGCACCGCCGACCCUCGCAGCCCGAUGGCCUCGUAUCGGCGAGUCGUCAACAGUCAGAAGUGUGUGCGCGCCGGCGGCAAACACAACGACCUGGAGGAUGUGGGCCGAGACCAUUCCCACCACACCUUCUUUGAGAUGCUUGGGAACUGGUCCUUCGGAGACUACUUCAAGGAGGAGGCGUGCAGCAUGGCGUGGAGUCUCCUCACAGAGCAUUAUGGGAUACCUGCAGAUAGACUGUACGUGUCGUACUUUGUGGGCGACGCUGACUCGGGGCUGGCGGCUGACGAGGAGACUCGACAGAUCUGGUUGGAGGUCGGCGUGCCUCCUGCUCGCAUCCUGCCCUUCGGGCUGAAGGAGAACUUCUGGGAGAUGGGGGACAUUGGCCCCUGUGGCCCCUGCACCGAGAUUCACUACGACCACGUGGGAGGACGCGACGCCGCGGCACUCGUCAACGCCGACAGUCCCGAGGUGGUCGAGAUCUGGAACAUAGUCUUCAUGCAGUACAACAGGUGCAAACAUACCUAGACCAGGACCCCCAAACCUGGCCAGGGGCGCCAUGUUCCUGUGAUUUUACGAUCUGAGGGUCUGGGCCCUCUGUGCUGAUGGGGUUUUCUGCUCUCUGAUUCGACAAAAGCUGUUCCGUGUCAGUCACGUAUGUUUAUGGGGAAAAAGAAAAUGUUUGGAGGGGCUGAAUGUCAGUGUGUGCUGGUUAAACUGGUCAGUUCCCAGUGUGAUUGUGUGUGUGUGUGUGUGUGUGUGUGUGU